ACACGGAUCAGACGGCCAGGAUUGCGCGAGACUGCGGGUGACUCCGGUGGACCGCGGCGGCAGCAUCUCCCGGGGGGGACGCGGAACAUCCGGGAACACCCUGUCCAGUAGCUGUCGCCGUCUUUCCUUUUUCUCCCUUCUCAACUCUUACUGCUGUUCUCUCUUUUCUUUGCGGGGCCGUGGCCGCGUUGCGUCCCCUCUUCGAUGCUUCUCUAAAAAAGAUCGAGGUUCGAAUUAAAACCCUAGUUGUUCGAAACCCCUCGAUCUCUGGCCGAGGGAGGAAGGGAGCGAGGAUCGAUCGAGCGUCCGGAACCCUAGCGGAGGGAAUGCGAAAGCUUUUCGGGAAAUAGUGCAUCUUGGCUUGAAACUAAUUUGUCGUCAUAGGUUGGGUGUUGUUUGAGUGUUCAUGGGAGGGCCAAUGGCUUCUGAGAUGGUCAAAGUGGCAACAAGUGAUAAACUGAAAGAUAUGGACUGGAUGAAAAACAUUGAAAUUUGUGAACUUGUUGCACGUGAUCCAGGGCAAGCCAAAUACGUCAUCAAAUCUAUCAAAAAAAGACUGGGGAACAAAAAUGCCAAUACCCAACUUUUUGCUGCCAUGUUGCUAGAAAUGCUAUUGAAUAACUGUGGAGAGCAUAUUCACAGACAUGUGAUAGAUAAUGGACUUCUUCCAAUACUAGUGAAGAUAGUGAAGAAAAAGACGGAUUUGCCAGUCCGAGAAAGAAUAUUUCUUCUGGAUGCUAUGCAGACAGCCCUUGGUGGAGCUUCUGGAAAGUACCCUCAGUAUUAUGCUGCAUACUAUGACCUGGUGUCUGCUGGGGUACAGUUUCCACAACGCCCUCGUGUUAGACCAGCUGAACAACCUGCUUCAAAGGUCCAAGUGAAAAAUUUGCCUGCUCAAGAAUCUCUACCGCAAAAAUAUGAAAAUGGGGAAAAACAAACAAAUAGCCAGAUAAUGCCUGACUCCAGGGAUGAGAAAGUGGUCCCUCAAGCCAUCGAACUGAAUGAGCAGCUUCAUAAGGUGCUUACUCAGCACGAUGCACUCCUUUCAGUUCGUGCUACUUCUACUGCAGCUCCCUGUGUCAAUGAAGAAGCCGAAGAGGAAGAGGAUGUGGAACGUCUUUAUCGGAGAAUACGGAAAGGAAAAGCAUGCGCUGAGGACCAAUCAGAUGACUCCAUUGGCUCUUUCAGAUCUAUUCCUAAGGAAAAGUUGCAGAGACCACUUAUACGGCCACUCUGCAUACAGCCAUCUGAUCCUGACAAUAAGCCAAGACCUCUAUGCAUACAAUCAUCAGAUCCAGAGACCAGACCACCUCCAGCGGUCACCAUACCACCUCCACCAGCCAAGCACUUGGAGAGGGAGAGAUUCUUCAAGGAGAAAAAGAUGGAUGGUUCAGUUUUAACAGGUCACAUGAGAGGGUUAUCGCUGAACAGCUGUAACGGCAGUAGCUCUCGCAGUGGCAGCACUGAUUUUAGUGAAUGAGAUAUUUUCGGUUUCCAUGAUUGAUAUUAACAGCAGCUGCAGGGUCAUGUGAAGACAUUAUCGUCUUCCAUAUAUUUGGUGUCUAACUCUUUUCUUUUCUUCUCUAAAUUUGUUUCACUCUUGAGGUUUGACCUGUUUAUUGUUGUUCAGGCUGAUGCUUUUUGUUUGCAGUCUUGCUCAGUUUUCACUGGUUUGAGCUAGUGGGAUUGGAGUGGUGUUUAUAGAUAAGUGGGAAAAAAUCUCAUUACUCGUAUCUGUCAAUACUUGACCUCUUUUUGAGGCUUGCUGCAGGACUGGUUUCAUCGUGUAAAAUGGACUCCAAAGCUUCAUGAUACUGAAUAGAAUAAUAGAUGGCACGUUGAUUUGUAGGU